ACAGUCGGAAUAAAAAUAUCUUCAAUUGGGUUGUUGACAGCAGAACUCCAUUAUUAUGUUGCACUAUCAUAAGAAAGGCAUAAUGUGUGGUCCAAGUCUAACCAAGAAGACAUAAAACCGUACCAACCAAACCAUGGACUAAACUUUCCAGAAUUGAACAAAAUGGAAAAACCAAAUUCCCUGCCAUUUCUUUUAGUUAAUGUUCUGCUUCUUCAUGUCUCUAACUCCCUCACAGUCCCAUCAAGAACGUCCAUUCACGACACUUUCCUUCGCUGUUUCCAAAGCCACACCAACCAACCAGAUCACGUUUCCAACAUAGUCUAUGCCCAAACCAACACAUCCUACACCUCAGUUCUUCGAGCCUUCGUUAGAAAUGCCAGGUUCAGCACCCCCUCAACUCAAAAGCCAUUACUCAUUGUCACCCCUUUCAGUGAACACCAAGUACAAGCCACUGUGGUGUGCGCCAAAAGCAUUGGCCUUCAACUCAAAAUCAGGAGCGGGGGCCACGACUUUGAAGGUGUUUCAUACGUCUCUCAGGUACCCUUUGUCAUCCUUGACAUGUUCAAUUUUCAGAAUGUCACUGUGGAUGUGCAAAAUGAGAGUGCUGUAAUUCAAGCUGGUGCUAGUCUUGGACAAGUUUAUUAUAGAAUUUGGGAGAAGAGUAAAGUUCAUGGCUUUCCUGCAGGGGCUUGUCCCACUGUAGGAGUUGGUGGCCACUUGAGUGGAGGAGGGUAUGGUAACAUGAUAAGAAAAUAUGGAUUAACCAUUGAUCAUGUUAUUGAUGCUAAAAUUGUUGAUGUCAAAGGUAGGAUUCUUGACAAAGAGGCUAUGGGGGAAGAUCUUUUUUGGGCUAUUAGAGGAGGGGGAGGAGCAAGUUUUGGAGUCAUAUUAUCAUACACAGUUAAACUUGUUAAAGUUCCAGAAAAGGUUACAGUUUUUCAAGUUGACAAGACUUUGGAGCAGAAUGCCACUGAUCUAGUUCUCCAGUGGCAACAAGUUGCACCACAUACAGAUGAUAGGCUUUUCCUGAGGCUUGUUUUACAACCCUUGAAUUCCAAGGUUCAGAAAACCAUAAGAACCUCGGUUCAGGCUUUGUUUCUAGGAAGGGCUAAUGAGGUUGUCACAUUGUUGGGGAAGGAGUUUCCUUUGCUGGGGCUGAAGAGUGAACUUUGUCAUGAAAUGAAGUGGAUUGAUUCUGUGGUUUGGUGGGCUAAUUAUAACGAUGGAUCCUCACUCAAUGCACUCCUUGACCGAAACCAUUACUCAGUGCAUUACAACAAAAGGAAAUCUGAUUAUGUUCAGACCCCAAUUUCCAAAGAUGGGUUGAAGUGGAUAUGGAAAAAGAUGAUUGAGUUGGGAAAAGUUGAGCUAGUUUUCAACCCUUAUGGAGGGAAAAUGAAUGAGGUCCCUUCUGAUGCCACUCCAUUUCCUCACCUUGUAGGGAAUUUGUUUAAGAUUCAGUACACUGUGAGUUGGCAGGAACAAGGAUCUUCUGCUGAAAAAAGUUAUUUGGGACAGAUUAGAAUGCUUCACAGUUACAUGACCCCGUUUGUGUCAAAGAAUCCAAGGAGUGCCUACUUCAAUUACAGAGACCUUGAUAUUGGUGUCAAUAGCCAUGGCAAGGAUAACUAUGAAGAUGGAAAAGUUUUUGGUGUCAAGUACUUCAAUAAGAAUUUUGAAAGGUUGGUGAAGGUUAAGACUGCAAUUGAUCCAGAAAACUUUUUCUGGAAUGAACAGAGCAUUCCAAUACAUCCAAGCAAGGCUUAAGGAACCUAACCGACAUAGGACAAACUGAUUAAUUCAUUUAGUUGACUUUGUUAAUUACUUUAGUUUCUACGUGAUUAGUUGAAUUCUUAUAUCUUUGAUAUUGCGCUAUGGAACUUGUGUAUUUGGAGAAAUUGUAUCCUUGCAGACAAAGCUCCUUUCUUAUUUCACUCAUUUGGAUUUUCACCUUAUUCAUUCGGAUGGAUGAUUACAGUGCAUGGGACUUGAAAAAUCUUCUUCCUUCUUCUCUUAUUCUCAUCCAAAAUGAAAGAAGACAACUAGACAAGUGAUGCAUGUUUUUUACGUUCCUCCAUUAUCAAUACUAAAAAUACAAAGCAUAUG